AGUGGGGAAGGCUGAGCCCAGAGCUACCUGUGCAGGUAUGCAUGGGGGUGUGGCCUGGCCUGCCACUCACCGGCCAGGUAGCAGGGCACACCUGUUACCAGGUGACACUGGGGCUGGGGCCACGUCUCCCCACCCAGACAUGUUGUGGGUCCAAGCUGCAUAGGGUUGGUGUGAGGAUAGGUUCUUGCAUGCCAGUUCCAGACUCUCCUGCACCAUGAGCCUUCUGGACAAUGGACUUGAGCUGCCCAAGCCGAGUGCAAGGGACAUCUACGAACAGAGGAAGAAGUACUCCAACAUGAUCAUGGCUGAUGUGUCCCAGUAUACUGUCAAUCACCUGGUGACGCUCUCCCUGGGGGAGACUGAGGACCUGCGCACAGUGGAGGACGCUGUGCGGAAGCUGGGGGAGAUGGACACCCAGGGCCACCUCUGGGCCCAGGAGAUGCUUCUGCAGGUCACCAGCUCCACCAUCAAGCUCUCUGAUGUUGACUCCAAGGAUGAGAUGGAGAACUAUGGCCUGGCGACGGUGCUGUGCUGCGAGACGGUGCUGGUUCCACGCCGGCCCCGCUCCUUGCUGUUGCUUGUCUUCCAGGAGCCCCAUCAGCCCAAGCCCCACAUCCACUUCUUCCAGUGCGACCAGAUUGGGGCAGAGUUCCUUCGAGAAGACAUCAACAGUGCCCUGAUGGACUUCAAAUCAGGGGGCAACACUCAGAGGAAAGAGGUGCUCAGAACCAACCAGGAGGAGAUGAGGCAGCAGCAGGCGGCUCGCAGCCCCCACCCACCCGGCCCCAGGAAGGUGAUGAUUGCCCCCUCAGCAGCCCUGUCCCUGCAGGAGAGUCUGAGAGGAGCAGCUAACUCCUCUGAGCCCUCCCAUCUGACCUUCCUGCGGGCUGAGCAGGACAUGGAGCUGUUGAACCGGGUCUUUGAUGACAUCGAGUCUUUCAUGGCCAAGCUGCAGAAAUCGGCUGAGGCCUUUCGGAUCCUGAAUCAACGCCGGCGCUCACCCCGGGGGCAGCACCGCCAGCAGCCGGGGGAGGGGCUACUGACCCUCCGGGCACGCCCCCCCUCCCUGGAGGAGUUUGCGGAUGUCCUGGCCAAGAUGAAGUAUUCCUUCAGCCUGCUGGCAAGACUGCAUUCAGACAUCAUGAACCCCAACUCAGAGGAGCUUGUCCACUUCCUCUUUGGGCCCCUGAGGACGGUGGUGGCGGCCUCAGGGGGGCCGCUCUUCGCCAGCGAGAUCUGCUCCCCCAUGCUAACCCUGGAGGCCGUGACCCUGCUGCGUGGCUGCCUGAGACCUGAGGAACUCGAGCUGUGGCAUUUGCUGGGGGAGAACUGGACUCAGCCCCGGGUGGACUUCCCACAGGGCCAUGCUGCCACCUACACCCCGACCUUCUGGAGUGGUUGGGAGCUGCCAAGCCGAGACCCCUCUGGACAGCCCUGGGAGGACCCUGUGGAGACACAGCACCGGCAUGAGAAGCGCCGGGCACAGCAGUCGGCACCGUCCAUCGAGGCCAAUGGCCACAGGCACUCUGGAGAUGGCAAGUUUGUGAGCUGUGUGUACGAAUUUGUGGCCAGGAACAGCAGUGAGCUGUCAGUGCUGCAGGGGGAGCUCCUGGAGGUCCUAGAAGACUCCAAGAAGUGGUGGAAGGUCCAGAACCGUUAUGGCCAGACGGGCUAUGUCCCCUACAACAUCCUGGCUCCAGCACCGGGACCCGGCUCCCCUGGUGCCCACAACUACAAUGGUGUUGCCCCAGCCAAUGGGAACAGCAGCGCUGGCUCCAGCUCCGGCCAGGGCAUCUCUAGGUCCCUGAAAUCCCCUCCCCAGCUGGCUCCCAAGGCCAAGGUCCCAGCCCUGCACCAGGCCAGGUGGGACAGCACGGAGGGACUCGCUGUGGACCCUAGUGAGAAAGACUGGCUCAGCCAGCUGAACAGUGUGAACGAGGAGCUGCUGCAGCGUUUGGCCAACGGGCGCUCGGGCCCCGCCAAACCCCUGCACGUCCCGCGGACCCCGGACACCUCCGUGCCCCUGGGCUAUGACUCGGACCCAGCUCAAGUCCAGGCCUGGCUGCAGGCCAAAGGCUUCAGCCCCCAGACGGUGAGUGCCCUGGGGGUGCUGAAUGGCUCACAGCUCUUCUCCCUGCACAAAAAUGAGUUCAAGGCUGUGAGCCCUGAAGAAGGAGCCAGAGUCUACAGCCAAGUCACUGUGCACCACGCCAUGUUGGAGGACUCCAGGAAGAUCUCCGAGCUGGAAGCUGUGAUGGAAAGACAGAAGAAGAAAGUGAACAGCGAGACAGAAGUAUCCAGCCUGUGAAGAAGCCAACAGCAACACCUCUGCCCUCCAUUGGUACCAUGCAGCUGGGAGCAUAGGCCACUGGCCCGCUGUGCCUGAUGUGACUGCCACCCUGGCCUCCAGAACCAGCCCCACCCCACAAUUGUACCUCCCUGGAUGGACUCCCCCUGCAAGUACAUGCCUCCCUAGGAGGAGGUGGUUGCUGUCAGCUGCACCUGGACUCCCCCACACCCACAGGGGUGGUUCCCAGCACUUACUUGCUUUCCCAAGGUUUCUACCUCCUGGUAUAUAUAUAUUUUUUACUCCAAUAUUUAUUUUAUAAGGGCAGGGGGCAAGCUUUAAAAUGUGGGGUUCCCCUCUCUUGUCUCCUUCAAUGGUAUAUGAACCUUUUACUCCCCCACUUCCUCCACAGUUGUACAGCCCUGACCCCUGCAUUAAUGGGCCACCCUCUAAUUUCCAUCCCGCCCCCCUGGGGAUGCAGUGCCCUUUCCAGCCCCUGGAGGAGGGCAGCACCACCCCUGGGGACCUGCAAUACCAGCUCUGAGCACUGGGAGGCAGCACUCCAGCCACGUGCAUCCCCUUCCCACCAUCAGAGAGUAGCACCCUGUCUGGGAUGUGGUCUCUGGCUACUGGGGGGGCAGCAAUUCCAAUGUAAUUCCCUAUAGCUUCCCCUCCAUAGAGGAUCCUAUGCAGCCUGGCCAAAAGUGGGGGUGGGGGUGGUAUUUGCUUGCAAUGCCAGCUCUGGCCACCGGAAGGGGAGCAAACUGUGAGAGCAGCAGUGAUUUCAGGUUGUGUAACUUGUUCCAUUCUCAUCCCUCUUUUUUCAUUCCUCCCUCUCUGCCCAAUGUUAAGUGUUCAGGCUGAAAUUUUCCCAUGUUCCUUCUCUGCUGAGGGACGAGCUUUUAGGGAAGGUUCUGUGGAAGAUCAGUUCAUUGAAAGCGAAGCUGGUGGGAGGGAAAUUGCAAAGCAGUUGUUGCCCUUCCAGGCACCUUGGACAUGAGCUGAUGUUGCUGUUCCCUGUGGGCUGUGUUCCCUUUUGGUUUUGCCUUGUGUGAAUGAACCCUGAAAAAGAGGGAAACACUGUGGGAGUGGCAGGUGUUACUCCCUUUUGUGGCCCCUGUGCAAGUGCAAUAUCUGUGGUGGGUAAUUUAAAUCAUGUAGAGGAUGAGAUUAGGCAAAGGUGUGGGAUGAAUUAAAGCAUUAUGCAUCAGA